AGGGCCUGACGCGAGCACCCUGUUCAGGUAACCAACCAUGUAUAUGCUGCACUGCAUAAACCUACCAAUCACCCCCAUACUGUAUUCGCUUUGUACAGUUGUAGGAGUACUAGCUGUUGGACAGUGCUGCUCCUGUCCAUGGAUGAGCAUGGCCGUCCCACCUCCUCCACCAGCAGCCCACCUUCCCCAGCCUCUUUCUUCUCCGCGGCCAGCAACGGCGGCGUGCUCGAGUUCCCCUACACCGAGGUGCCGGAGCAAUGGCUCAUGGACGACGACGACAGCAACGUACAGGAGCAACGACUCCUAGAGCAUGGAGCCGUGUGGGGCGACGACGGGGCCUUGCUCUCGGCGCGCUCCGCUGACCUGUCCAGCAGGAACCCACCGGCCGCUGCGGCGACGAAGCGGGGGCGGAAGCCGCCUGGGCCCAGAGCCGGGGGCGGCCCUGCCGUCAGCCACAUGGAAGCCGAGCGGCACCGGCGGGACAAGCUCCACCGCCGGUUCUGCGACCUCCGGGCCGCCGUGCCCAACGUGACCCGGAUGGACAAGACGUCCCUCCUCGCCGACGCCACCGCCUACAUCGCCGAGCUGCGCGCCCGCGUGGAGCAGCUCGAGGCCGAGGCCAGGCGGGCUGCCGCGGCGCGGAAGGCGAACCGCCCCUUCUUCGUGGCGGACGCCGCCGCCGCCGCCGCUGCCGCCGCGGCGCCGGCCGGCUCGUUCGACUUCGAGCUCGGGGAGGAGGAGAAGCUGGAGGUACGGAUGGUGGUCGGGCGGGAGGCGGCGGCGACGCUGCGCCUGACGACCGCGGCGCGCCACGGCCCCGCGCGCCUCAUGGACGCGCUCCGCGCGCUGGACCUGCCGGUGCUGCACGCCUGCGCGUGCCGCGUGGGCGGGGUGACCGUGCAGGACGCCGUCGUCGACGUGCCCGCCGAGCUCCGGGAUGCGGACUGCCUCCGCGCCGCCUUGCUCCACAGGCUGCAGGAGAGCGGUUAGCCACUAGCUAGCUUGGAUCGGAAUCCCUAGUUGACUACCAUGCAUCUGGCCCCAAAUUAAAGUCUUCUCGACACUGAUCGAUAAUGCACGCAUACCAAUGCAUGCUCAGCUCGUACGCUUGUUAUUUGUUGCUGUAAUCAGUUCAAAUUCGACAAUAAUUAACCUCAAUAAUACUUUCCUUCGGCAUA